AUGGAUUUCUUCAGAUCCGUCUUCUCCGACGAGCCUCGGUACCCAAGAGAGACGGAGGAAGAGGAAGGAGCAGCAGCAGGAAACGCUAAUCCUGGGGAAUUCCCGAGAACAGAAGAAUCCGCUUCAGCGGCGGCGGCAUUUGGUGGAUGGAACUUCGGCUCCCUCAUCAAGACCAUCACCACCAGAUCGGAGCAGGUGAUCGACACGUACCGCCAUGGCCUCGACGAGUUCCGCGUUGGGCUCGCCGAGGAAGCCCGCGUGGUGGCAGCUACUCUCCCGGCGUCCUUAGAGACCGGAGCGUUUGUCGCCCAGGAGUCCCUCGAAUCUGUUGGCCAGGCGAUCGACGUCGUCUUCAAGAGCACGGCGGAUCUUAUCUCGCAUGGUAAGGAUGCGCUCCUCUCCCUCGAUAAUCCUAAUCAGGCCGUGCCUGCACCAUCCAGUAUUGGCAUUAAAAAGUUCACUAGGUUCGAGAUGCAAUUGCAUGCCAUUCAGAACGAUGCGAACACCUACUGCGAAGAUCCGGAUGAUGUUGAUGACUUCACUAAAUGGAAAUCUGGGUUUUCUCUCCAAGAGAUGGAGGAUGAGAUUGAGGAACUCUGCGAGGAAAAUGCUGCAGUUAGCGGGUUUUUUGCCAAAUUGGUACCUAAAACUGUCGAUUCCGAUACUUUCUGGACUAGGUAUGCCUACAGGGUUCAUAAGCUCAAGCAAGUUGAAGAAGCUAGAGCUCAUUUGGUGAAGCGGGUGAUGGCUGGAGACGAGGAAGAAGAUUUGAGUUGGGAGGUCGAUGAUGAUGAUGAGUCUGAAGCUGCGGAACCAAAUGAAUCGCAGAAGAACGCCAUUAAGGAUAUCAAGGGACUUGAAGAGGUUCAUGCUGGCUCGAGUUAUGAGAAUGUAGAGAGCCCGGAAAAGGAAGGGACUGCCUCCGAGGAAGUGCACGAGAAGGAACCAUGUUCUGAAUCUUCCGUUAAGAGUAAAGAUCUCGAAGCACCGAUUGAAUCUACUGUUAAUGAGAAUGCUAAGUUGGGUGGUGAAACGCCUGAGGAUAAGAGCGGCCAAUCGGAUCCAGUGAAGGAAAUUGCGGAGGAUAGGACAUUGCUAGAAACAAAAACAGACAACGGAGAAUCGUCUAAGGAUAGUGAUUUUUCUGUUGUUUCCAGCCAAGUUUCCGCACAAGAGGAAGAUGAUCUUGGUUGGGAUGAGAUCGAAGAUCUCGGAAGCAACGAUGAGACAAAAGCGACGACCAGCGGUGGAAGCCCAAACAAGGUUGAUAUCCGCAAACGGCUAAGUACUGCAGACGACGAGGAGGAUCUCAAUUGGGAUAUUGAAGAUGAUGAUGAUGUUAAGUCUUGAUGACGGUCUUAGAGAAGGCUGCUGUCCCAUACACACACUUUUUUUUUUCCUUCCCAUUGACAGAUUCUCCUUUCUCUGCUUGUUGGUUUGGUUUCCUCCUCCAAGUAUUUUUAUCCAAUAAUUGUUGGUUUCUUUAGCACAAUUAUUCGAUUAUGUAAAUACCUUUUUAUGUAUAUUCUUCACGUUUAAAUUGAAAUAAUCUCAAAUCUAGUUGAGUACAGAUCAUAGCCUAAUGGCAGUGAUGAAACUCAACUAGUUAGAUGUGUUAAAUCCA